CAGUCAAAAGUUCGCCACAACAGCAGGGAAUCACGCUCCACUGCAUUAGGGAUAUUUCUAAAGUUGUCUGUCCGUACACGCCUGGCUGCUUCAUUGGGAUAACAAUUCAACAGGGCAACACGAGAAGAACAAAAGCUGAGAAACUGGUUCUGCCGCAUCGCAUGCAGGUGGUGGGCUUGCUUGUCGCGACCUCAGCCUACAAACACAGGCUUUUGCACCUUCUUACAGCUCAAAAAGGUCACGAAAAAGUUCUAUAAGUUGUCUGCAAGAUUCUCACUGGCUUGCUGAGCAAUUAUCAACUUCACCAGGAGUCUGCCGGAAGACUGAGUGUUAGCCAAGACUGUCCACAUCUCGACUUUACCUGCUGAGUUGUCCCCAGGAGCGCCACCAUGCGGCCUCGUGUGAAGGCCAAGCUGGCGCACCACCGCGCCAUGCUGGUGGGGGAGAUGAAGCCCCUCCCCAUGUUCGGCUCUCUCAUCGAGAACAACGUGCUCACGCCUGCACACUUAGACAAGGUCCUGCCUGGUGAGGAGAGAAAGGAACUGAAUGAAAAGUUGUUGGACAUUAUCCCGACGAGAGGCGACGCUGCUUUCACUGUGCUGGGAGAGGGACUGGAAGCGAGUCUACAGGGUCAUCUAGCUUACCUCCUCGACCCUGAAGGUAGGGAAGAUCCUGAUGAGAAGGAGGAAGAGGAAGACAGGAAGGACAAGAAAGCGUCACCGAAGAAGAAGAUCGGACAGCUUACCAGACAGAUCUCGCGCAUGGGCAGCAGGUCUUCCAUGCGGCCGGAGUCACGAGACCAGCUGGUCAAGCACAAGGCGACCCUGGUGUCCGAGAUGCAGCCGCUACCUCUGUUCGGCCUCCUCAUACAGAACAACAUCCUGUCACGUGACAUAGUGGAUAGUAUCCUGUCUCCCGAUGACGAGAAGAAGAUAAACGAGAGGCUGGUGGACAUCUUACCAGAGAGACCUGACUCAGCCUACAAGAUGUUUGUCUACGCGCUCCGGGGGAAUGGGCAGGGCCAGCUGGUGGAUGUGCUGGAGGGAGACAUCAAACCUGCGAAAUACAGGCGGGACUCCGACACAGGUGUCGAUAAGAAGCCAGCCAGAAUGUCCCGUGAUUCUCUGGGAGCGGCUAAGACGGCGUUUGAGUCCGUGUACGGGUCUAAGGAGAACCUGUUGGAUGACGGGAAGAAAAAGCCUGUCAACCCGGGGCCUGGCUGGCAGAGUACGGCCACCACACCAACCCGCAGCACAGGGUCCAGACCGUCGUCCCGACCAUCGAGUACAAGCAAAGACAGGACGGCGAGUCAGAGCAGCGAGGACGGCGAGACAACACCGAAGAGGAAACUGAGUGAGUACAGCGCCACUCCGCCCCGCCAGGAGAUGGACUGGAAAAACGUGGAGAGAGACAAUGAGGACCUACGGCGGCGAAGGUCCUCCAUAGACGCCCGGAAUCUGACGAUGAUUCGGACCGGGAUGAAGGUGAAGCAGCGGCAGCUCAUCUUCGCCAACAGACCCGCUAUUGUAGACUCCAUACAGCUCGACUCUGUCUUAGACCACAUGGUCAAGGAGGGUGAGUUUACCCAGUCGCAGGCGGACGAACUGCGGAAGAUGCCGUUCCGCUUCUCCAGAAACUCCCGGUUCGUGGACCUGCUGCUGACCAAAGGCUCGCACAACUACAACGCGUUCUGCGACGCGCUGAAGGAGUCGGACCAGCUGGAGCUGGCGCGGGUCAUGGAGCCCGGCAGGUGGACUGGAAAAGAAUAUUCUCCGGCGAAGCUUCCCCCGCGGAAGGAUGAAUCCGUGGAAACCACUCCCAAGAAGAAGUGGAAACCGAGUUCCCUCUCUGAGAAAUCUCCCGCCACAAAACGGCGGGAACUGCAGGAGAAGUACGGCGCCGCUGACAGCGUGCCCGAUGUACGUCUGGAGGCGCUGAAACGGAAAGCUAAAGAAAAGGAACUGAAAGAAAAGGCUGUUGCGACGGAGAAGGACAAGAAGAUGAUGAAAGAUGUCGGUGUUGGGAAAACCCCUCCGCCGGUCAGAAAGUCGCAAACCGUGCCCCCUGUGGAGAAACAUAUCGAAACUGAGGAGACCAGAACUGAGAAAAUACCUUCAUUGGCAAAAUCAUUGGGCGAGGACCUAGAUGGACAUGACACUAAGUCAAAACUACCAAAGUCCCCACCAAAAGACCGCAAAAGAAAAUCUAUCCCUGAACGGAGCGCGUUCAUCAUGAAACCAGACAGCCCUCCGCCCGAGGUAGAUAAGAAAACACCUAGCCCUCCAGCCAAAGUUGUCGAGAAAACACCUAGUCCUCCACCCAAAGUUGUCGAGAAAACACCUAGUCCUCCACCCAAAGUUGUCGAGAAAACACCCAGCCCUACACGUGAAGUUGUGAUGAAAACACCGAGCCCGCCACCUCAAGUUAGUCCAAAGCUGAAGGCGGAAAAGAAGGAAAGGCGUUCUCCAGAAGACUUAACCUUCAGUCCUAAAUCGUAUGGAAUAGAGUUAGAAUCUCCAUCCCCUGCGAAGAAACCAGUACCUUUAAAAUCAGUCCCUAAAACUCCCAGUCCACCUCCUGAAGUUCUACUGGACAGUCCCAAAAGCCCUCCGAAGUCCCACUCACGUCCAACCGUGGAGCUUGUGUUUGAGGAUGAGGAUGAGGAAGUCGACGCAAGGCCAGUCACGAUUGGUCAGGUGCUGGACGAGAGGAAGAGAAAGUUGGAAGAAAUUCGGCUCAGGAUGCAAGAGAGGAAGAAGAGUCUGAAGCGCGAUGAUGAGGAAAAUAAUAUCAAGAUUGUGGCAGGGUCAAACAGUUCGUCCCCAUUAAGUAAUGGUGAGUCUGUGAAAAGCUCAGAACGAAGAGGAUCGGAAGAUACAGAUGAAGGUGUGGACGUCACCACACCACAAUCUCCCAAACGCAUACCACCUGCAAAAAUGGAAGAAAUAGGCAAGAUAUUCGGAGUAUCAUCCAGGAGGAAAGCUUCCCCACCACCGCAAGAGGAGAGGAUUCCUUCGCCACCACCGUACAGGGCGCCAUCCCCACCAGCGUCACCGCUGAAAAUGAGACCAGUCUCGCCGAUCAUAGAAGCCUCUCCCCCUCCUUCCCCACCACGGGCCCGUUCGCCUUCCCCGCCCCUACGGGCCCGUUCGCCUUCUCCGCCGCCUCGGACCCGGUCACCUUCCCCGCCGCCUCGGGCCCGGUCACCUACCCCGCCGCCUCGGGCCCGUUCGCCUUCCCCGCCGCCUCGGGCCCGUUCGCCUUCCCCGCCGCUACGGACCCGGUCACCUUCCCCACCGCUACGGACCCGCUCACCAUCCCCGCCGCUACGGACCCGCUCACCAUCCCCGCCGCUACGGACCCGGUCACCUUCCCCGCCACGAAGGCGGCGUUCGCCUUCCCCACCGCGAAGAUCGCCAUCACCACAGCCUGUCAUUCUCUCGCCUGUCAGGGUCCCCUCUCCUCGACAAGAAAGGGACACCAGCCAUUCAUCCAGCCCAGACGAGGGUAUCGUCUACGGGGAGACGUACGGAGUAGAGUACGAACUGGUUGAAGAGGAGACACCAGGAGAGGUCCACCUGGUCCAGUACGACUACCCGCCCCCCUCCCCACCUCCUCUGCACAGGGAUGACGAAAUCUUGGUCUCCACCACCCCUCAGAAGAGCAGCGCACCUCCUGUAAACAGAGCCCCGUCGCCCCCAAAAGAGAACGACUACGGCGUCAUCUUCGACUACCCAGAACUGGUGACCAUCAGAAACGUCCCCUGUGACCGUGUUCCACCACCCUCUCCACCAGGACAGACAGUCAUUGCACAAGCAGAACCGGUUGUUAACAGCAUGCCACCACAGCGCCCCAAGCCCCCGCCCCAAAAUGACUAUGGUGUUCUUGUCGACUAUCCCAAACUCAACGCCAAGACCGCAUCCAGUACCCAUGCACCUCCACCGCCUCCUUCAUCCAUCACUAACUCAUCCAAACGAGGAGACAUAUUGAUAGACAAGCUGUCAGACGAACUUCAGGACUUGUAUAAACAGAGGCCGGGCGUGUUUAACAAACAGCCGGGCCCCUGGUACAUGAACGUCAACACGGCCAUGCGGGACACCUACAACACGCUCAUCAUACACCUGGUGCACAUGAAGGCUUCUCUCAACGACUUGAGCAAGGCUAUGGAAGAAUACAAGAAAGAUAAUCAACUGAAGAAUGCGUACCUGGACAAGCGCAAAGAAGAUGAUCACCAGCAGUGAACCAGUCCUGCCAUGGACCUUUGACCGCUGGUGUCAUAGCGGCUGUAUCUUCUCAUACCAUUUAUAGCCUCCAACAUCCAGGUUUAGGGUCGAGGCAUGUAGUUAGACGUUUUUUUUAGUAUAAUAGACAUUGAUCGAUAACCACUGUACAUAACCAAGUUCACAAACCCGAGAUCAUUGCUACUGUACAAACAUGCUGUCUAAGUCCGGCUUAUACAAUUUCCACCUCACCGAUACGAAUGACAAGGGUCUAUUGACUAUGACGAGUAGAUGAUGGAAACUAAAUGGGACAACACAGACAGUAGGGUAGAUUUUACAAAAUCGGGUCCAUAUUGAUAAGGUGGAUUCGAUUGAAUCUCUAUAUUUUUGUCCAGUUCACACAUCUGGGUUUCAACUGACAUUGUUAGAAAACGUGUCAGUUGUAUAUUUAUAUAAACCUGAUAAACGGAACGAUAAAUGAAGCAAUUGUUUUAUAUGUGUGUAUUGUUCUGUGUGUGUAUGCUUUACAAACCUACGUAACACUUUAUAUGUAUCACGAUCAGUUACUAGGCAAGAGUUGGUUUCUAAGGUAUAGCUUUUCUGUUCUAAGUGUAGAAAAGAGAACAUCGUGAUCAAGAAAGGUGGCAAGAUGGGAGCAUUUUAGUACAUAGAUAUAGUACCAGGGAGGGGAUAGUGAAUGAUGAUGUUGAUGUGGCUAGCUUGGAGAUACCGAAUGAAAUGUUUCGUCCCAUGUUCUAAACUCAGGGUAACACGUGCCCUUGUGUUUAUAGCUAAUGUGUUUAUCUCGCAUACUAUGUACAGAAAAUAUAGUCGUCAUUAGUUUUUCUUAUUACUUAUUUUCUGUGAUUGUUGCAGUGGCAAAGGUGAUGAUUAGGAAGGUGAUACAAAACCAGUGAAUCUGCCGCAUAUGGGGUAUCGAUAUCUUGUAGGUGGUGUAUGGAAUGUUAUGGGUCUAAGUACGAUUCCAAUAAAAACAAGUCCGCAAACAGAGUUCAUGUCAGCUUUUAUAAAGCUUUUGGUGGCUUCAAAUUGACAUUCAAGCAAUCUAUUAUAAACCUGAAUUCAAAUUCUUUUUAUACUGGAAUGAAUAAGAGUAAUCAGAAAUAAAGUUACUGCUAUGUCGAAA